AUGCAGGCCAGGGAAAACAUGACAUCUCACUUUGCGCCUGAAAAGCUCUAUUUUCCGCCGCCUCACUACCUUGCUGGAUUUGAAGGCACCGGCCCGUCGGUCGAACAUGGGCAUAUACCAUUUUCAGGCUCUUAUGGAAUGCCUUUCAAGACUAAAAGGACAACAGUGUAUGAUUCGGGCAUGACCCGAAUGGACAGUGCCAGUCUUUCGGAUGCUACACCAGUUUCUGACACUCCUCGUGCCACGGCCAUCAUCUGCCUGCCGGUAUAG